UCUUUGCGGAAGUUGUUUUCGUGACCGUCAGGAGGGUAGACAUUUUGCCCCAUGUAGACGUCAACUUUGGAAGAUAAUUUUGAAUAACUCUUAACCACCACAAUUUCCUUCUGACCUUUUGCUGAAAUUUUGCCACAAUCAUGUGGUAUGAAAUAUUGCCCGGUUUUGCUAUUAUGACAGUUUGUCUCUUUGUUCCUGGUAUUGCAACUACUUACAUACACAGGUUCACUAGCGGAGGAAAGGAAAAGAGGAUUGCACGGAUUCCGUAUCACUGGUAUUUGAUGGAAAGAGACAAGAGAGUGUCUGGGAGUGGUAUACAUUACCAUUCAAAGGGACUUGAAAACAUCAAUUAAAGGACCACACAGCUUCCUCUUCAAGAUCUUUCAUGUACAUUUUGUUCAGCUGUCUAUUAAAAUGUUUUCUUUAAAUUAAUAA